AAGUUGUCUGCACUUGCAUGAUAUUUAAUCACAUACUUAUCUUUACAAUAAAAUCCAAUAGUUUUAAAAAAGCAAUUAGAAGGGGGUAUUUCUACCCAGGGUACCACAGUUUUUUUUCUCGCGUGCGGCGAUUGAGUGCGGAGAUGUUUCGGGAUCGGCCACAGGUCGAUUACACUUCUUCGGCCGAAGGCCGAAGCCACGAGCGGGUCACUUUAAAGACUUGACCAAAAUUAAAACCCGUUCAUGAAAAGACUCUGGCACCUAGCAGGGCGUUCCAAGCCCUUUUUUAAAAGCAACUCAAGUGGGUUAGAAUCCAAUACGU